AGAUGUUUACUAGCACCAUUUUUAAAACGUAACGUUGCCUUAAGGCAUGGUUUCUCAAGAUGAUGAAUUCGUUGUUCCUCACAUGGAUUUAUCUUGUUUGCAAAAUUCAAUAGCAUAUCAGAAAGUUCUUGAAGAACCUUGGACUUACCUUCACAAUUGGGAUUCUCUAACUCCCAGUGUUCAACAAGAGGUGGCACAAAACUUCCUAAGUGAACUAAGCUCACUUAAAACUGAAAUGGCGGUUACCCAAGGUGUAUUUGAUCCUUCCAUGUUUGUUAAUCAGGAUGCUCCGUGUGAUACAGCAGUUUCUGGACAAAAUGGUAAUACAACAGAAAAUCACGCAAACACCAAGUAGUUUUUUGGUUAUUUUUGUUUCCUGUUGUUCUAAAUAAAGUUUACAAAAUUA